CUGCUCUGAGUUGCUGCAGGUUUAAUGGCAGGGUUCAGAGGCGUCGCGCGCCGUCACCUGUGUGUGGUGUGACUGCAUGACAGAAACGCUGAAACAUGACGUGAACGCACCGCAGCUCGUGCCAUGAUUUGACAUUUCCUGGACACCUCUUGCAGCUGGAGGGAGUCCAGAGAUGCUGCGGCUUGUCUGGCUGCCGGAGUGCCGCUGCGCCACAGCAGGCUGCUCCCUCCAGCUCUGCUGAAACUGGACCUGAUUGCCACCCUCUUAACGCGUCCUGCGGGGAUCGAACCGCCGCUGCACGCUCCACCGCCCGCAGGAUGGGGAGCAGCUUCUCCAGCCUGGCUGCCUUCCAGUCCCUGCACAUCGUCAUGCUCGGCUUGGACUCUGCGGGGAAAACCACCGUCCUGUACCGCCUGAAAUUUAACGAGUUCGUCAACACGGUUCCCACCAUCGGCUUCAACACGGAGAGGAUCCGGCUGGGCGGCGCGGGGGCCUCCAGGGGCAUCAGCUGUCACUUCUGGGACGUGGGGGGCCAGGAGAAGCUGCGGCCCCUGUGGAAGCCCUACAGCCGCUGCACGGACGGCAUCGUGUACGUGGUGGACUCCGUGGACGCGGAGAGGCUGGAGGAGGCCCGGACUGAGCUGCACAAGAUCACCCGCUUCCAGGAGAACCAGGGGACCCCGCUGCUGGUCAUCGCCAACAAGCAGGACCUGCCCCGGGCGCUGGACGUCGGAGAGAUCGAGAGGCAGCUCGCGCUGGCCGAGCUGAGCCCCUCCACCCCCUACCACAUCCAGCCUGCCUGCGCCAUCAUAGGUGAGGGACUGCACGAGGGCAUGGACAAGCUGUAUGAGAUGAUAGUAAAGAGGAGGAAGUCAGUGAAGCAGAAGAAGAAGAAGCAUAAAGAAAUAUUAGAUCAUCAUGAAUGAAAUAAACUCAGAGGAGAAAAUCCUGCAGGUUUCUACACCAGGACGCUGUGGAUCAUGGAGGAAGCUUCCUGGAAUCAGUCCGUUCCAGGACUGUACAUCCUCCUACCGGCACCUGGAAGGCACUUUAAAAUAAAAUGUGUUAUUAUUUAAGUGUGAAAGCAGUUCAGGUUGGGAGAAGGAAAAUCCUGAUGCAUGUGUGGCGUAGACGGAAAGUUUCUUCCUCAGCUGGGAUUGUUCCUUCUCUGGAAACACUGACUUCUUCCACCACAUUCUGCAGCUUCUGUUUGUACAAAUUUCCCCACAAGAAGGAAAGAAGAAGAAAUGAGUUGCUGAAAAAGCAUCUGGAUGCAAACAAAAUGUGAUGAUAAUUCCAUUUAAAUUGGGAUUGGAACGGGAAUUUCCUGUUUAUGUUGCUACUAACAGCAGCUGCUGCUCUGCUGUCGGACCUUUGAGCCAAUCAGAUGUUUAGGACGUGAACGCACCAACAUCAGGUUUGACCUGACUGUGUUUACUCUGAUUCCUCAUUCACAGCUGUGUGGUUAGGUUUAGGAAAACAUACCCAUCAGCUUCAUGCAGUUUCCUUUCUACCCUCGUCUGCUGCGAGGUGACGCACACGGUGCGUUGAAACUGCAGGUUUUCUUACAGCCAAUCACAACAAAGGUUUCUCUUGCGGAUGCGUUUAGAAACAGAUGGAAACGAGAGCCGGUUUGGCAUCAGGUCUGGUGAUGGAAGAACCGGUGCAGACGUAAAUCUGCCGCGGUGAUGAAGCUAAACCUGGCUGCAGGUACCAGCGACCAGCCGGGCGACACGCAGCAGAACCAGCUCACCUGUUCACGCCGCGACGAGAAAAAAGAGAGUAUGUUUGGGAUUAAACUCUUUCUAAUUCAACAUGUGUGUGUGUUUUAUGGUGUGUUUGGGUUCGGAGGGUCAUACGCCAACAUUUCCACCACCCGGGGAUGAGCUAGGGGUCAUGUGAUCACCUGACAUGGUUGUCAGAGCUGCAAACAGGAAAAUGAAAUUGAAGAUUUUCUCUAGAAAAAAACUGAUUUUGAGUUAAAAAGUUUUUUUUACUAACAUUAAAUUUUGUUUAGUAUUUCUACACCUGAAGAUACGAUCAUGUGACCUGCAGUAAACCUGGGUUUGGUUUACCAAACGAAAUGUGAUGCAUUUUCCUGUCGGGCUGCACGAGGGUUGCA